AUGACUUCAGACGCGAAGAGUCACCGCGAUCAGGCAGCACCUUCCAAAAGGAAGGCCCGCGAUGGGUCAGAGGAUGCUGCCCCAGCCCGCAAGAAGGCGCACCGAAAGGUCAAAGCAGGUGAAUUUGGUCACUACGAAGAGUUUGGCAGCGGGAGCGAAACCUCAAAAGUCAAACCGGCACGGAAAUACAAGGACAAAUUUGCUCCUAAACCUGAAAAGGAAUACCCAUCGGUCAACGAACUCAAAAAGCGAAUUCGCGACGUGAAGCGACUACUCAAUAAGGCGGAUAAAUUGUCUGCCGAUACUCGAAUCUUACAGGAGCGUGCUCUGGCUGGGUAUGAGCAAGAUCUGGCAGACGAAAUCGCUCGCAGAGAGCGUUCGCAUUUGAUUACGAAAUAUCACUUUGUCCGCUUCCUUGAUCGCAAGACUGCAAACAAGCAACUCAAUCGCCUCACUCGUCGCGAAAAGGAAGAAAAUCUUGAUCCGAAAGAAAAGGCUCGCCUUGCGGAGAAGAUCCACAUUUGCCAGGUCAAUCUCAACUACACAAUCUACUACCCUCUCACCGAGAAAUACAUCUCACUGUACCCCAAGACGAAUGGAAAGCCCGAUGCGGCGGGGUCAGAGUCAGAAACACAAAAGAAAGACAUCACUUCCAAUGAAGCCAAGCCCCCGAUGUGGGCUAUCGUUGAGAAGUGUAUGGAGGAGAAGACAUUGGACCUUCUUCGCGAAGGCAAGCUGAAUAUCAACUACAAGGGAGAGAAGAUCGAACCUGCUUCAUCUGGCACCGGGGCUCCGGAUACUGGCAAGGAGAAGACCAAGAAGAAGGAGCAUGGAGGGACCAAGGGUGCUACACAAAAGGACAAGCAUGACAAGAAUAGCAGCAAAACGGAGAAAUCACGCAGCGAAGGAGCUUUCAAGAAGCAGCAGAAGCAUGGCGCGCCUCCCGUCAAUGAGGAAGAUGGAGAUGAGAGUGAUGGUGGCUUCUUCGAGUAA